AAAUUGCACCGCGUCGCAGCCGACGGAACGGCGAAGAAAAAGAGCCAGUGGUUAAACAACAUGCCGCAGAGGAGGAUGAAGACGCUGAAGCCGAGGCCGAGGCUGUAGAAGAGGAAGUCACUCGCUGUAUCUGCGGUCAAGCUGAAUACCCUGGUCCUUCGGCUGCCUUACGACAACAACAACCCCCCACUGCCGAUGUUUUGUCGGAUGAUACAGGCAAUUUCUUUGUCCAGUGCGACAAAUGUGGUGUUUGGCAGCAUGGUGGCUGUAUGGGCUUACUGGAUGAGUCCAUGUUGCCUGACGAGUACUACUGUGAACAAUGCAAGCCCCAAUUUCACAAGAUCACCAAGGCUGCUAAUGGGUGAGUUGAUCCUGCGUCACUUUUGUUUGUCUCCCGCUACGACAUGUCUGGAGCUGGGGUUUGCAUUGUCAAAGACUGUGUUGCAGCACAAUGCCCACCAAGUUUGCCUCGCAAUUAAGACAAACAUGCUGACGAGAAAUCCUAGAACUAAAUCCUCCCGUUAUCUUCCCAUCCCUGAAACGACAUCGGCCAGAUCCUCGCCUUUAUCCUCAAAUCCCGAAGUUCCUCGCAAAAAGGAUUCCAAGAACAAGCAGCAGUCUGAGAGCACCAAGAGGCGGGCCACCAUGAACAGUCGUGGGGCAUAUGACGAGGAUGAAAUGUUGAGAAGAGCCAUUGAAGAAAGUACUAGAUCAACGGGUACUUUGGGCAAACGGACAAGAGACGAUGAUUCAGUAGAGUAAGUCGGACGUGGAAGUUGGCAGACACAUACUAACUCUAUUACAGCCAAAAAGCCACCACAAAAAGACAACGCACGGGCUCCGAUUCGUCUUCUACGGUCUCGAAGCACAGCCA